AUGGCGUUUCAGCAAUUUAGAAGGGGUGCUCUCCGUGUCGCCAAAAAUUAUGUCAAGCGUUACUCAGACACGCAGGCAAAAGUCCGGGAUGCAACAUCUAAUGAUCCACCGGGGCCAUCGGGAAUUCAGAUGAACGAGAUCAUUCAGCUGUCAUACAAUUGGAAUGACUUCGUCGAGAUCAUGGAAAUGCUUCAUAAAAGGUUGAAUGAUGAAGGCAAGAAUUGGCGACAUGUACUCAAGUCACUCACCGUGCUGGACUACCUCCUACACGCUGGUUCCGAAAAUGUUGUCCUAUAUUUCCGCGACAAUCAUUUAUACAUCAUAAAAACACUCAAGGAAUUCCAAUAUGUGGACGAAGAUGGGAAAGAUUGUGGUGCCAAUAUCCGGCAGAAGGCCAAGGACAUCUCCAACCUUCUCAGUGACCCUGCACGUUUGCAGGAGGAGCGCCGGACUUGGGCAAGUAUGCGCGGCCCAAUGAUCAAAGGGCAAGCCAACCGUGGCCCCGAUCGCGAUGAAGAUGAGCUCCGUGAGGCAAUCGGGGCAUCAAAAAAGACUCUUGCGGCCUGA